AUGGGCGGCGCCGGUCUGGGGUUCUUCCGACGGGGACUCUUGAAAGCAGCGCACUCGGUGAUGUGCAUACGGAUAGGAGCUGGGCUGAAGCUGGUGCACGUGAUGCUGAUCAUCACGGGGGCAUGUCUCGUUGCCACCACCACAGAGAUGCUCCAGCCCAGGCAGCCCAUAACUGAGAUGCUGACCCCAAACCAGAAGAUGCAGAUUUACGGGCUCAAAUGGAGGCAAGAGCGCAACUUCUGGAUCUCAACUUUGAGCUUCUUGAUGUGGUGGCUGCUCAACUGCUUCUAUCAGGUUGCAUACCAGAAGCUUGUUCUGGAGGACGAGAACGUGAAGCUGAAGACGGACCUGUCUGACAGCAACAAGAGGCUGAACGACCUCCGAGGCAGCAUCGAGAAGCCUCAGCCAAGUGCACCUGUGGCCGAAACGGUCCACGAGCCAGAAGAGACUCAAGAACCUGAGGAACCCAAGAAGGAUAAGUAG